AUGAAUCAAUGGUUACAUGGCCCGGAGUUUCUUUGGAAGGAAGAGAAAUGUUGGCCCGAACAACCUUCACAGUUACCAGAAUUGUCUGAAGAGGACAAUGAAUGCAGAAAGAACACGACACGAGUGAACGCGAUCGUUCUUGACAAGAUGUUCGGUCCCCUCUUCGUCAAGCAAGGUCGCAGUCAAGUUAAGCGUUAUGGGUGCUUGUUCACGUGCCUGACCAUGAGAGCGGUGCAUAUCGAAGUUGCUCACACGUUAGAAGCAGAUUCCUUUAUCUGUGCGUACCAGCGUUUCGUAAGCCGUCGAGGGAAGCCCAAGGAGAUAUACAGCGACAAUGGCACCAACUUUACUGGCGCUGAGCGAGAACUCAGAGAAGCACUUGAGCGAUUAGACCAAAGUAAGGACUAUAGUCGACUAAGGACGGAUGACGUCCAGUGGUCAUUUAACCCUCCGGAGGCUAGCCAUCAAGGUGGCGUCUGGGAACUGGAGAAGAUACUCAACGAUAGGCCCUUGACUCCCGUCAGUGAUCACCCAGAUGAUCCAGAGACGCUGACGCCCAGUAAACUUCUGCUUCUUAAGUCCAAUUCUUGCCUUCCUUUGGAUGUCUUCACGAGUCACGACAUGUACAGCAAGCAUUGGCGCCAAGCGCAAUGUCUAACAAAUUCAUUCUGGAAGAGAUGGAUGAAAGAAUAUUUACCUACCCUUCAGUCAAGGCAAAAAUGGACCUCUCAGCGUCGUAACUUCGCCGUUGGUGAUCUGGUUCUCGUCGUCGAUGAGAAGUCGCCGAGAGGUCACUGGCCGAUGGGAUUGAUUGAGGAAGUGUUCCCGGACAGCCAUGGCCACAUACGUCAUGUUAAAGUGAGAACGGCCACAUCUACACACGGGACAUCAGGAAGCUGUGUCUCCUCGAAGGAGUCCAGAAUUUAUGACACUAUGAACUCUGUGAAUGAACUGUCAUGA